AUGAAAAGUGAAAGUAAAAAUAAUUCGUCGAAGAAGAAAUGGAAUACAAUUCGAAUAUUAAUCGCUUUUUGGGUAUUUGGAUUAUGCAACAAUUUCGCAUAUGUAAUUAUGCUAAGUGCAGCUCAGGAUAUUCUCGAACAAGGUCAUGAAAAUGCAACGGCAAAUGUUGAAACAAAAUGUCUUGAAAGAAUAACUGAUCGUCAGUGUGCUAUUAUAACAACAGGUGCAGUUUUAUUGGCUGAUAUCUUGCCGUGUCUUCUUGUCAAAUUAUCAUUCCCAUUUUUCAUGCAAAGGAUACCAUUUGGGGUGCGUCAUCUCAUAGUAUGCUUAUUACAAGCACUCAGUUAUUUGAUUGUUGCAUUUUCCUCGGGAAUUAUUAUAUCUUUAUUAGGGGUGGUAUUUGCGAGUAUUAGUUCGGGUCUCGGUGAAAUAACUUACCUAUCGUUGACACCAUAUUUCAACAAGAAUACCAUCUCAACAUGGUCAUCAGGUACUGGAGGUGCAGGAGUAGUUGGUGCAUUAGCUUACGCCAUUCUAACAGAGCCGCACUUUCUAAAUUUAUCACCGAAAGUAACACUUCUAGUUAUGCUUGUUGUACCAUUGUUAUUUUCCUUAGCAUACUGGUGGUUAUUAGUAUUACCUGAUUCGAUACAUAAAGUAAAUGUUAUGAAGCCUAAUACUUGGAUUGUGCCUAAGACAUACAUGUCUGCAAACUCAUUCAAAGAUACCACCUCAAUUGCGGAAACAAAUGAUAGAAAAUUUUCAUCUGAAAAAGUCAAACAACGCAUACUAUCCUUUAAAGAAAUGUUGCGUACGACACUUACAUUGCUACGAUUUAUGAUACCGCUGAUGCUUGUUUAUAUCGGUGAAUACUUGAUAAAUCAAGGUAUUUUACAGUUGAUCGUUUAUUCAUGUGAUAAAGGAUGGCAUCUUUCACCAUCAAGUCAAUACCGUUGGUAUCAAGUUCUUUAUCAAGUUGGUGUUUUCAUUUCACGAUCUUCGAUAAACAUUAUACUAUUACCUUAUUGGGCUUUAGUACUUCUGCCUAUCCUACAGUUUACGAAUGUGCUGAUCUUUUUCCUAGAAUCGCUCUAUUUUUACAUUCCGCACAUUUGGGUUCUAUUUCUAUUAAUAUUAUUCGAAGGAUUAUUCGGUGGUUCAGCGUAUGUAAACACAUUUUCUCAUAUACACGAUUUUGUGAAACCAGAUGUCCGAGAAUUUGCAUUGUCAAUCAGUUCGCUGGGUGACUCAAUUGGAAUUGUUAUUGCUGGACUUCUUUCCAUUCCGCUUCAUAAUUAUAUAUGUCAGACGAAUGUACCUGUACAUUGA